GGGGGCGUCGGCGGAGAACGGCUGGUGGUCGGCGCAGCCGCUCGCCGCGUUUUAUGCAACCAGUCUUGCUUCGGAGCGAGCGAAUCCACUGCCCCGGCCUUUGACAGACGGGAUAGCGUGUGCAGUGUCACAUCGGUAUUGUCCACCGUCGUCCGUCCGUCGGUCGUCUCUCGGCUCGACUCUCGUUGUCGUACGACCGGUAACGUGCGUGGUCACGCGCCCCGGCGAAGAGACACCACACCGGUGAUCCUACUAUUCGGUUUCUUGCCGCGCUCAACGCUAGGACACAGAGGCCUAUCUACAGAGUCUGGCAUAAUACUACAACGACGCUUUGUUUUCUGCGUGCGUCCUCGUAUUGCCGGCAAGACGAGCAAGGAUAAGCGAGCGAGCGAACGCGCCUUGAACGGCGACGAGGCGGUGUCGACGAGGCGGCGUUCCCCCGAUACAGUAUCACUUCGCGCAGAGCUGCGCCGCGUACGAUUCACGAUCGCACCCCACUGCAACCGUACGGUGUGGGCUCGUGUCCGUCGACGGAGUGGCAGUGUGACGGCGGUCGGGCGGUCGGUGGUGUGCUGACACACCGAGUGCAUUAUUCACGAUUGUGUGUGCGUGUUUAUAUGCGUGACGUGUGCGUAAAAGCGAAGCGGAGUCCAGCGGUGGAACACGCGCGCGAGCAAGAGGGAGAGAGAUACAGGUAGAAGGAGAGAGGGACGGGUGCGACGGCGAGGCGGCCGUGAAUCCUCAAUACGUGGCUACGCUCACGCCGCGCGUAUUCCGCGCGACACGAAUACAACGACGACAACGACGACCACGACGACGACAACGACGUCGUUGACUUGGGGACUACGACUGGAGCGAGAGAGAAAGGCGCGUACCCGCACGCGCUACGAAUUAUCACGCGUUCGCUUCACCGCGACGCUUCUCCUAGCGCGUGCAGGUUCCUAGCUCCUAGGUCGACUCCUUCGACCUCUUCCUCGUCGUCACUAUGGCGGACGACGAGGUUCUCUUCGACGAUGUUUACGAGCUCUGCGAGAUUAUCGGCAAGGGUCCAUUCAGCGUCGUUCGGAAAUGCAUUCACCGUCAUACCGGGCAGAUUUUCGCCGUAAAAAUCGUCGAUGUGGCAAAGUUCACUUCUAGUCCUGGUCUCAGCACCGCGGAUUUAAAACGGGAAGCUACCAUAUGCCAUAUGUUGAAACAUCCUCAUAUCGUGGAGUUACUGGAGACCUACAGUUCCGAGGGCAUGUUAUACAUGGUGUUCGAAUAUAUGGAUGGCUCUGAUUUAUGCUUCGAGGUUGUGAGACGAGCGACUGCUGGAUUCGUAUACAGCGAAGCGGUUGCUAGUCACUACAUGCGACAGAUCCUCGAAGCGUUGCGUUACUGCCACGAGAACGACAUUAUUCAUCGUGACCUGAAACCGCAGUGCGCCCUUCUAGCUGGCAAGGAAAAUUCCGCCCCGGUGAAGCUGCGCGGCUUCGGCGUCGCCGUGCAACUCCCGACGUCGCAGUCUAAUGGCGUUGGGCUGAUCUCCCCGAGCUGCAAUUUCCCUUUUGAGGACCUGACCGACGCCGAGGAUUCGCUCGUGAGCGACACGGAGGACAAUAUCGGUCGUGUCGGAUGUCCGCACUUCAUGGCACCGGAAGUGAUUCAACGACGACAAUAUGGGAAACCUGGUGACGUCUGGUCAGCCGGAGUGCUGCUACAUGUUCUGCUAACCGGUACACUUCCAUUCGUCGGUUCUCGGGACAGACUACGAGAAGCAAUCUGCCGAGGGCGGGUGCAGAUGGAGACGCCACUCUGGGAUUCCAUUAGCGAGCCGGCGAAAGACCUCAUACAGAGAAUGCUCACGACCGACGUAAAUCAUAGGAUCACCAUCCAGGAGGUUCUCAACCACAAGUGGCUUAGAGAUCGCGAUAAGGGUGCAGCCCGUAUACACUUAGGCGAGACCAUAGAAGAGCUUAAGAAAUUCAAUGCAAGGCGAAAAUUGAAGGAUGCCGUGAAAGCAGCCGUCUCCUCGUCGAAAUGGCACGCCCCAUAUUCAGAGGCUAAUGGCGACAAUUUCUCCGACGUCGGGGACGACGAGGUGACAACUACAGGCGCUGUAGCCGAAAUUGUGGACUCUCUGGAUGACAUAGAGGUGCUUCAAGAAAGUGGUAGACUAAUGCGCACAGAAAUUAUCAAUGCUGUUGACGACCAUCGACUUCGAGCUAUUUUAGAGCUUUAUGACAGGAUCUCAGGUCGCAUGCCCACACCAUGCCGAGCACCGCAAACGGACGCAGUUCAACGUGCUCGCGAUGUCGAAGAGAUCCUGCGGGAAGCAGAGCACUCAACGGUGCGAAAUAUUGAUAGAGCUGAUCUCCGAGAACUUCAGGAAUUAUUGGUCCAGCCGCACAUGAGGGCACUUUUACAAGCACACGACGUCGCCGGCCACGAGGUUUACGGCGAAGAAGCCACCAGAGUAACACCACCGCCGUUGCUGCCAUAUCUAAACGGCAGCGAUGAUCUCGAAGGGCAAAACGGCGAUUUAGACCUCGAGAACGUUACUCGCGUGAGACUAGUGCAGUUCCAGAAGAACACGGACGAGCCGAUGGGAAUCACGCUGAAAAUGAACGAGGAUGGAAAAUGCGUCGUUGCGCGGAUUAUGCACGGUGGGAUGAUCCAUAGACAAGCCACUCUGCAUGUUGGCGACGAGAUUAGAGAGAUUAACGGUAUACCGGUCGCGAAUCAAUCCGUUAAUGCUUUGCAAAAGAUCCUGCGGGAGGCACGAGGAUCGGUGACCUUCAAGAUCGUGCCAUCGUACAGGAGCGCGCCGCCCCCCUGCGAGGUACAAUUGUUCAGGAUUAGGCCUCUGCCAGUGUUAAUUUUUGUUCGGGCACAAUUCGACUACGACCCGCUGGAGGACGAAUUGAUACCGUGCGCUCAGGCCGGCAUCGCGUUUAAAACCGGCGACAUUCUGCAGAUCAUCAGCAAGGAUGACCAUCACUGGUGGCAGGCGCGGAAGGAUAACGCGGCUGGCUCCGCGGGUCUUAUCCCUUCGCCCGAAUUACAAGAGUGGCGCAUCGCCUCCAUGUCUAUGGAGAAGAACAAACAGGAACAAGACGCUGAAGGAGAAGGUGGAUGUUCUUCUCACACCGAAGGCUGCGACGGCUCGACAGUAAAUUGCUCAAUAUUCGGCCGGAAAAAGAAACAAUACAAGGAUAAAUAUCUCGCUAAGCACAAUGCUGUUUUCGACCAGCUGGACCUGGUGACCUACGAAGAGGUCGUGAAGCUUCCUUAUCCUGCCUUUCAGAGGAAGACAUUAGUAUUAUUGGGAGCACAUGGUGUCGGUCGACGACACAUAAAGAACACAAUUAUCUCCAAGCAUCCUGAUAAAUACGCCUAUCCCAUUCCGCAUACAACGAGGCUUCCACGAAGCGAUGAAGAGGAUGGUCGUAAUUACUAUUUCGUAUCGCACGAUGAAAUGAUGGCAGACAUAGCCGCUAAUGAAUACCUCGAAUACGGUACGCACGAAGAGGCUAUGUACGGAACUAAACUCGAAACUAUUCGCAAAAUUCACGAAGAAGGCAGAAUGGCCAUAUUGGACGUCGAACCGCAGGCACUCAAAGUUUUACGUACCGCUGAAUUUGCACCUUACGUCGUCUUCAUCGCCGCGCCAGUAUUUCAAAACGUUGCAGACCUCGACGGCAGUUUGGAACGACUGGCAAAGGAAUCGGACAUGUUGAAGCAGGCGUACGGGCACUACUUCGACCUGACCAUCGUGAACAACGACCUCGAUGAGACGAUCGCCCAGCUGGAGGGCGCGAUCGAGCGCGUGCACACGACACCCCAAUGGGUGCCCGUCUCUUGGGUCUACUGACAGCGGUCGUCGCCGAUUCGUCAGAUCGCCACCGCGGACUGCAACGGCUCGUCGCGGGUGAAGUAAUGCUCGUCAGGACGACCCGUGACGACCAUCGGACGAACAUCGAUCACCUCGCGAAGAUCCGACGGCGACAAGGCGCCGCGGCCGAUUGAUCAAAACGGACGCACGUGUGCGCGCACGUCGGACCAAGCAACAAACGUGCUCACCGCCGACCGGCUGAAGAUGGCUCGGCUGACGGUGAACGAACGACCGGAGUGCGUGACUAUAGGAUGGCCGUGUGUUCACGAAGUUCUUUCCAUCGCUACGUAGCUAAUUAUUUUUACCAGUCGGGAUACACGAGAGGAGACCAGUGAAGACAGUCGGAAUCGUGUCGUCGACGAUUGACAUCGCCGACCUCACCGACGUUGGACCUACCAAAAGGAAAGAUAACGAAGAAGACGAAGCGGAAUGCGCCAUUCGGCCACGACGAGAUUGAACGACAUCACGAUGCGUCCAAAAAUGAACGCUUUUCGCGGACCAUCAAUUUCCGCCGCAUCCCUUCUUCCUCCUCGUCAUCCUUCUCUUCUUCCUCGUCUUGUUUCUUCCUCCUUCGAAAUUUCAAAGCUAGUAAAGUAAAUCGGACAACAUCAGUAGGUAUGUAAGACCAUUUCUGAAUCAGAAGCUUCGCAGGGCGCGGAGCAUAGCUUUUUGCGGGGAGAGUAGGGGGAGAGAUACGUGGGGGUGGAGGGGGAGAGGGGAGAUUAUCAACUGUAUUCCCGGGAAAUAAUUAACUUCAGCAAGUUUUUUUUAAAUACACACGACGUCUUUUUACUGACUAUUGAAUUAUGUUCUUCCGUACAACGUUAAAUGCGCAGAAGGAAUCCCUUAAUUCUUUCCUUAAAAUUGGCGAACUAACACGAACCACUACGGGCAAAUAGGCGGUGGAGGCGAACGCGAGCCUAUACGGACCACCGCAAAGGUAUGAUGUCACGCAGGCAGACCCUAUCUAAUGGGACAAUCUAAUCGAUAAAAUGUCCUGUAUAAAAAAAAACCUUGCUGAAGAUAAUUAUCUUCCAGUGAUAUAAUUGAUAAUUCUCCUAUCCCUCUACCCUCCUUCUCCUAGUGAUGUAGAUCCCCCCCGUCACUAUUCCUCCGCGGAAAGCUCUGUUCCGCGUUGUAGGUAAUUCCUCACCUCGCUGUCCUUCGAAGCCAGAAACUGUCUUAAAAAUCUACUAACUCCGAUCAGCUGGGACUCCUCUUGAACGGGACUGCUACGAAUGCGUCUUUCUCUCAAUAUUCCACACAUACACAUACACACAUUCUGUCGUACUUCUUGACACAUCCCUGGCGCGGUUUCAGCGGGUCUACGCGAACUUCACGCGCGGCUCAUAACGAUCGCUUGCGAACGCGAACCAUGUGCAGCGACACGGUGACGCGGCGACAAGCGUCGUAGGAAAUCCUUAACGCGGGACACGGAAAUCAAGAGCCAAGAAACGAAAGAAAAGGAACAAAAGAAACGACGGCCGUUCACGCUUCUUUCACGCGGAUGUCAACGGAGCGGCUUGCGCCUUCGUAUCCCUCUCUUAUCUGCGGAAACUAUCAGUCGAAUUUUCCGUAAACUGUAAUUGCCUCCUAUCUCGUACUUUAUCGUAACUAUUUAAACGAAAAGAAGCUAGAUCGUGCGGCACGGCAGUGCCCUUAUAUAUAUACAUAUACAUAUAUAGUAUAUAUAAUAUAAAUAUAAAAUAAAAGACGAGUCUCUCAUCGCAAUAAUCGAAACCCGUCUGAUUGUUCAACCAAAAAGAAAAAAAAAAAAGACGAAAAAGAAGAAGAAGAGGAAGAAAAAGAAAAACAUGAACUGGUGUGCUGCCGGCCGUCCGUUAUUUAACUAUAACUUUAAGCAGUAGAGAAUUUCACCGGUUUCGUCUAGUACUUCUACUAAUAUCUAACGAGUGUUCAUCUCUUGCGUCGCGGGAAACCCCACCGCGGCAAAACUACGCAUAUGCGCGAGCGCUUCUUUCGUUGAGCUUCUUUUUUUGUAUUUUUUCCCAGUUGUAAUUUUAUUUCUCUUUUCCUCUCUUUCUCUCUCUCUCUCUCUCUCUCUCUCUCUCUCUCUCUCUCUCUCCCCUCUUUCUCACACACAAUUUCUAUUUCUUCCUCUUUCUCUCAAUUUCUAUUUCUAAUCACUGCAACACCGUGCUUCUCUCACUUUUCUACUUUCGACAAUCGAAACCGCUGUCGAAGCGGGACGGUUCGCUCGCUCGCUCGCUCGCUUGACCGUGCACUCGCCCGCCCCAUUGUCAUUCGUCGUUAUCGUCGCACGUGGAACACACUCGGUCACAGCUCGUACAUCCACCGACGCACCAACCCACCUAUCAACAAACUCGCUCACUUCUGUUACCAUUUACGCCCGAGAAGUCCGAAACCGAACUGUACAUGACUCGGCGAAUGCACGGACGGCGAAUAUCGAUCCGGCAGCGAGAAUUCUACGUUCACUCGGAAGCACCUGUACGCGAUUAUUAAGUUGGUUGCAGGAGACACGCACACGCACACAUACACACAUACACACGUGUACACACGUAUAAUACGGGCACA